UCAUAUUUUUGAUUAAAUCACCGAAAAAUAUUUAAAAUUUCUUGAUAAUUUUUGAAAAUUUUAAAAUUAGUGGAAAUUGGAAAAACAAAAUAUAUGUAAAUAUUAAAAUGGUGUGCCGCACUUCGAAGCUUGCAAAUUUUUCGCAAAGUGUUCUAAGAAAUCUACCUUUGAAUCCGACUCAACUGAAACGUUAUGUAGCGGACAAAUGUUGUCCCUCAGGAACGUCCCAAACUGCAGAGCCAAACUCAUCUUCUCCACUUAAAAACGACGCAUUCACCCCACCCGACUUCCUGCCAGUCACUGCUUACAAGGCACUUAGCGAUCCUAAAGAGGUUCUUGGUCCGGGGGCACAUAAAUGCAAAGCCUACAAGAAUCCCGAGUACUAUGCCUAUCAUCGUUUCUCGUUUUACGAACUACAGAGGGCCACAUUGGAUAAUGCUAAAUGCGCGGAGGGUGGGGUGCUGUACGCAGCCGAACGUGUUGAGGACGAUUGUCUGGAAGGUGAUAGUGCGGGCGCGGGUGCGCCCAAAGAUGCCGCUAAGGAGGCAAAAGAGUGCAAGGAGAAUAAUGAAGAAAUGCAGAUGUCGAAAGAUAAUACCGGCGGUGAAAAGAGAGCGGCAGACGAUACGGCGAAAAAAAAUGAUGAAAACUGUGAGAAUUGAGGUUAAGAUGAAGAUUGGGCGAGCGAAAUGUUAUAUUUUGUAAUCUAUUUGUACGCUGCUCUUUAUAUAUGUACCUACAUAACUAAUAUAUAUAAUGUUAAAUUUGUGUAA